AUGUCAGAAGAAAUAGAUAAUGAAGAUGAAGUUUCACAAGAGAAAAUAACCGACAACGUCAAUGAGGAUAACAAUGCUGACAGUGAAAUGAAAGAUAAUGAUACUCAAGAAAUUGUUCGCAAAGUCAUUAAUAAUAUAUUGGAUAAAUUUAAAGAAAUCAAUUCGAAACGAAAUAGUAUAACGAGUAGUCCAAGUAAAUUGAAUCAAUCUACCGAUGAAAAUGGAAUAGAUUUAUUCAAAAAAGAAGUACAAUCAUUGCAUGAUAAUAUUGAGAAAUUAGACAGUCAGUUAAAUCUCUUUAUUACACAUCAAAGUUGUUAUGAGAAGAAAUUAUCCAUGUUAGAGAUAAAACUGAAUGAAUUUGAAAAGAUUACAAAACCUACAUUAAAACAAAAUCGUUCAAGUUUUGAUUGUCAAGAUACAAAAUUGAAUACUAAGCGAGAUCUUGUUAAAAAGAAAUCUGUUGGAACAUCUUCGGAUGAUUUGAUGAAAACCGCGUACAUUUCAGAAGAAGAAUCACCUGAAUUGCAAAGAAGACAAUCACAAACCAGAUCAUCGUCUGUAACAAAUAGAAAUGUGACAAAACGAUUAUCUUAUGUAAAUCAGUCUACCGGCAUUCACAAUAGAAGAGACAGUGAUGAGAAUGAUUGGUAUGCAAAACAAUUAGAAGAGAUUAAACAUUUACCAAUGCAUGAACUGCUUCAACGUAUAUUACAUUGA